CAAACAGACGGACGGACGGACAGUGGCACUUGUGUCUCUGGGGAGCAAGGAAUGCAAUGAAAAAUUUCAACAGGCUGUUUUAGGACGGAUAGGUACUAAACUGGACUGGAUUUUGAAUGGAACCACAUUAGAUUUGACUGCAAAGACCGUGGGCGCAAAGCGUUUAAAAUAAUCCAUGGGAGCAACAAGACAGAUGUAAAACAGACAGCUGUAAUUUUCACAGAUGCUGCUCGCCUCUCUCCAGCACAGUUUGGGGGAAAAAGGGAAGUGGGUCGGGAUUCGGGCAGCCCAAGGGAAAUGAAAUGUCCUCUUUAUGCUUUGGCUGGCAGACUGUUCCAGAGAGGAGCGCGAUGAGAAUUCCCAGCGGGGGAGAGGAGCGAGGAGCAGCUUUGAACCAGAAACUGCAGAGUUUGAAAAACCUAAGGAUCGCAGGAUCAGCGUUCCUUUUGCUCAUCUUGCAAACAAAGCAGGUCACUGGCUCAAUGCUGGAGGAGACGAUCACCAAUUGGUCCUUGUACAAAGAACAGUGUUUGCAGAACCUGUCACGCUCUUUCCCAAAGACUGGAAUAUUUUGCAACAGAACCUUUGACCAGUUUAUCUGCUGGCCUGAGUCGUACCCGGGCAGUGUAUCUGAGCCCUGCCCCUGGUUCCUGCCGUGGAUUACCUCGGACAGCACGGCAAAGGCUCACAGAUACUGCCUUGAGAAUGGGAGUUGGAUGACACUCCCAAACUCCACGGAAAUCUGGAGGAACCACUCGGAGUGUGCCGAACUCAACCAUGGCCUCCCCAAGAAAGAGGAUGAGCGUAAGUUACUGAACACUCUCCAGUUGAUCUACACGGUGGGCUACUCCUUCUCACUGUGCUCUCUGUCGCUCGCCAUGGCCAUACUCCUGUGGCUUAGGAAGUUGCAUUGCACUCGGAACUACAUCCAUAUGAACCUGUUCGUCUCCUUCAUGCUCAGAGCCCUGGCUGUUCUCAUCAAAGACAUUUUGCUCCACAGCACUUACUCAAAACGCCCAGAUGAUGAAAGUGGCUGGAUAUCCUUCUUUAACGUGGAGAUUUCCAAUGGGUGCAAGGUGGCCCAGGUCUUCAUGCACUACUUUGUUGGAGCCAAUUUCUUUUGGCUUUUGGUAGAAGGAAUCUACCUCCACAAACUGAUUGUCUUGGCCGUGCUAUCAGAGAAGAACCUGCUGAAACAGUACAUCCUCAUCGGAUGGGUGUGCCCUGUGCUGUUUGUUGUGCCUUGGAUCAUAACGAAGAUCACAAGUGAAAAUGAAGGGUGCUGGGGGAGAAACGUGAACAUGUGGAUUUGGUGGAUCAUUAGAGGACCAGUUUCCAUUGCGAUUAUCAUGAAUUUCUAUUUCUUCCUCAAAAUCAUGAAAAUGUUGCUUUCGAAGCUUCAAGCCCAACAGAUGAGAUUUGGUGACUACAAAUACAGAUUGGCCAGGUCCACUUUGGUGCUGAUCCCGCUCCUAGGAAUCCAUGAGUUGGUGUUUAUUUUCCUGAUGGACGAGCAUGUGGAGGGAUUGCUCCGACAUAUCCGGCUUUUCCUGCAGUUGGUGAUCAGCUCAUUCCAGGGCUUUCUAGUGGCUGUGCUGUACUGUUUCACCAACGGAGAGGUCCAGGCUGAGCUGAAGAUGCGCUGGAGGUGUUGGCUGAUGGUGAAUCAUUCUGAGUGCGGGGGCUGCCUGCUGGGGAAGCACUUUAAGCAGCUCGGCAGGCGGCCCAAGCAGAGGGCCAACAGCAACAGUUACCUCAACAGCAGCAGCUACUACAGCGACACUCGCACCUCCAGCGUGCAGCUUAGUGUACCCCCCGGCAGCGACCUGCUGGGGCACAAAGGCAUCCCACUGGACCCCCUCCCCCAGGCCACGCAGCCCGAGAGCAGCGGGGGGUUCCUGGCCCUGGGGGAGAGCCAACUAUAGCAGGAACACGGGGAGCCUGGCGUUCAGCUCUGCCUGUAGCGCACUUGUUGCUCUGGGCUGAUCGCUCUCCUUCCCCAUGUGGUAAGGUUUCUGCCUAAUUGCCAUCUGCACAGGCAGGAACAGGAGGAGGUCCGUUCAGCCCCUCAAGCCCGUUCCUCCGUUACAUAACAGGGUGGUAAAGGGAUUGUAUUGUACGCGCUCACUUUGUUGCUGAGCUCAAGACGGGACAAAUUCAGCCAGGGACGCAAUACAGCACGACUGGAGACGGGAGUAAAACCAAUUCAGCCUGGCUCAGUGGGUAGCACUC